CGGUCAACUCAUUCCUUUUUUCUGCGAGGCAGCGAACGCACGUAAUUUUGAUACAAGUUCAAAAUUAUUUCUAUUUUUCCUUUCGUGUAGUAAUAUAACGCCAAUAUGCCUAAAAGGAAACGUGAGGCGAAGAUUGAGCAUUAUCAACGCAAAAUCAGGAAGCUCCUUAAAGAGUACCCAAUUCCAGAAAACUGUACCUUACUACAGGCACCGAAACUAAACCCAGAAAUAUCGGCCGCAGUAACUGAAGCCGCACGAUCUCGGGAUAAAAGGGUAGAAGCGGUGCAACAGCAACUAGGACGGGGUAUAGUUGCUCUUAAUAAAGGCUUGGAACUCCUCUUAGACGAUGGCAAUGAUCGGCUACAAGCUGUAAAAUUCCUAAGUAACAGCUGCCGUUUACUCUGCGAUCUACAUCACCAAAAAACCGAAGCAAGAAAACGGUUUAUUACACCCAGUCUUGACAAAUCUUUUCUAAAUAUUAUGCAAGACGUAGACCGCGAUGAACUGCUAUACGGCAAUAAGCUUUCGGACAAAAUAAAAGCUACCAAAGUUAUUGAGAAGCACGGUUUGCAAAUAAAAAAGCCUACUCCUCAACCUAAGACACCGUCAACAUUGCCAUUCACAAAUUUGCCACAUUCAUACCAAUCUUCACGCCCACGCCAUCAGGGAAACUGGACGGGCCCUCCUCGUUUCCCUCCAAACAGGGGGGGGAGGGGAGGGCAAAGGAAGCUGACUGCACCCACAAACCGGAGAACUCAACUAAGCAGCUCCUCACACCAGAAACCACCGGCGCAGCCCAAGAAGCCACGUGCAGUGGAUCAGCAAUAGAGAUCCCAUCACCGACUUCAUCGCAGCCUUUCCCUGGGGGCCGCGGUGCUCUCAGGGAAGCAUUUAGAAGAUUAAAUAC